CCAAGGAAACCAACAGAACCCAUCCCCCCUCCCCUCUCUCCAGAGCAUUGUCUCGCACCUUCACUUUCCCAUCUUCCCCUUGGCAGCCUUCCAUCCCCACUGCCAUCUUACCCUCCCAAAAAUUAAUAGAACGAAGCCAUCAACCAUGCUCGAUUGGAUCUUCCUCUUCCUCACCAUCUCUCUAUGCUUAGCCUCUAGAUUACUCCUCUCCAAACUAUCGAACACUUCGAAAAAGAAGCAAACCCUUCCCCCGGGCCCAAGAUAUAUUCCCAUCCUCAGUUCCAUCCUCUUUCUCCGUCGUUCCCUCUUCGACUUCGAGCCCAUCCUCCGCUCCCUCCACGCCAAGUUCGGCCCUGUGCUCACCCUCCGCAUCACCUCCCGCCCGUCCAUCUUCAUCGCCGACCGCGACCUCGCCCACCAGGCCCUCGUCCAGGCCGGCGCCACCUUCGCCGACCGCCUCACCGCCACCGAGGCCAGCCGCCUCCUCACCAGCAACCGCCACAACAUCAGUUCCGCCCCCUACGGCCCCCUCUGGCGCCUCCUCCGCCGCAACCUCACCGCCGAGAUCCUCCACCCCUCCCGCAUCAAGCUCUUCGCCCCCGCCCGCCGCUGGGUCCUCGACAUACUCGUCAACAACCUCAAAUCCAAGUCCGAGACAGGGGACGGGGUGGUGGUGGUCAUGGAGAGCUUCCAGUACGCCAUGUUCUGCUUGCUGGUCUUCAUGUGCUUCGGCGAGAGAUUGGAUGAGAAGACCAUCAGAGACAUCGAAGCCGUCCAGAGGCAUCUGCUCUCGUCCUUCGUUAAAUUCAACGUCUUCGCCUUUCUUCCCAAGAUCACUAAGCUCGUGUUCAGAGAGAGGUGGAAUUCGCUCUUAGCAAUCCGCCAGAAACAAGAAGAAAUCUUCAUCCCUUUGAUAAGAGCACGAAGGGACCGAAAGCAGCAGCCCGGCAACGGUGACGGCAAGAACAAUAGCAACAGAAUCUUUGUCUACUCGUACGUAGAUUCUCUUCUCGGUCUACAACAUCCUGAGGAUGGAGGGAGGAAGCUUAGCGAGGGUGAGAUCGUGAGCCUCUGCUCGGAGUUCUUGAGCGGGGGUACCGACACGACGGCCACGGCGUUGCAGUGGAUCCUGGCGAACCUUGUGAAGCACCAAGAGAUACAAGCGAAGUUACGGGAAGAAAUCGAGGGGGUGGUGGGAAGCGAGGGGGAGGAGAUCAAGGAGGAGGACUUGCAGAAGAUGCCGUAUUUGAAGGCGGUGAUCAUGGAAGGGCUGCGGCGCCACCCGCCGGGCCACUUCGUGCUGCCGCAUACCGUGAGGGAGGACGUGACCUUGAAUGGAUACUUGAUACCGAGAGGCGCCGCGAUUAAUUUUACGGUGGCGGAGAUGGGUUGGGAUGGAAAGGUGUGGGAGCAGCCGAUGGAGUUUAAGCCGGAGAGGUUCUUGGCCGGUGGGUCCGGUGAGGGGGUGGACAUAACGGGAAGUAGGGAGAUCAAGAUGAUGCCGUUUGGGGUGGGGAGAAGGAUAUGCCCUGGGCUUGGGCUGGCGAUGCUUCACCUCGAGUACUUCGUGGCCAAUUUGGUGAGGGAAUUCGAGUGGAAGGCGGUAGAUGGAGAAGCGGUGGAUUUGUCCGAGAAGCUCGAGUUCACGGUUGUGAUGAAGAAUCCUCUCCGUACUCGACUCGUUUCACGGAGGAAGGAUUAGAGACUUAACGAUGGAUGCUGUUGCUAGCAGCGAUAGAUGGUAUCUAUUUUGAUGGUAUGUAUGCUUCAUAGUUGAUGGCCAUACACACUGUUGCAUAGAGAGAAUGAACAUUGUACCUCUUUUAUUUUUAAUGAACAUCGUACCUCUUUUAUUUUUAAUGAACAUCGUACUUGAUGAAC